AUGGGCUGGACCGGAGCUCUGAGUUUGGUGGCCGCUGCCUUCCUGGGAUCCACCACAACUCUGAUCCUGGCCAAGGCGGAGUUCCUGAACCCUGGCGGCUCGGUCAAGGACCGGGUGGCCGCCCAGAUCCUGGAGGAGGCCCUCGCCAGCGGUGCGCUGCGCCCCGGCGGCACCGUCACGGAGGGCACCGCCGGCUCCACAGGCGUGUCCCUGGCGCUGUGCGCCCGGGCCGCGGGCUGCGGCGCCUUCGUGGCCAUGCCAGAUGACGCGGCGCGGGAGAAGGCGGACACGCUGCGCACGCUGGGGGCUGAGGUGCGACGGAUGCGCCCCGUGUCCAUCGCCCACCCCGACCACUUUGUGAAUGUGGCGCGGCGCGCCGCUGCGGAGCGGGAGGGGGCGGUGUUUGCGAAUCAGUUUGAGAACCUGGCCAACUUCAGGGCACACCUCCGGACCGGGCGUGAGAUCCUGGCGCAGACGGACGGAAUGCUGGACGCAUUUGUCUCUGGCGCGGGGACGGGGGGCACAUUAGCAGGGGUGUCGUGUGCGCUCAAGGCCGCCAAUUCCAGGGUCAAAGUCUUCCUCAUCGACCCGCCCGGCAGCGGACUCUUCAACAAGGUGACACGGGGCGUGAUGUUCACGCGCGAGGAGGCGGAGGGGCGGCGGCUGCGCCACCCCGCCGACACCAUCACCGAGGGCAUCGGGAUCAACCGCCAGACGGCCAACUUUGGCCGCGCCCUCGUAGACGGCGCUUUUCAGGGCUCUGACACGGAAGCCGUGGAGAUGGCGGCCUACCUCCUGCGCAACGACGGCCUUUUCGUCGGCUCCUCCGCCGCCAUGAACUGCGUGGGCGCGGUCAAGGCCGCGCGCCUGCUGGGCCCGGGAGCAACGAUCGUGACCGUGCUGUGCGACGGCGGGGCGCGCCACCUGUCGCGCUUCCACAACGCCGGGUUCCUCGCCGAGCAAGGCCUGGCGCCGGUAGCCACCGGCACGGGGCUGGCCUUCGUCAGCAAUGGGCCGUAUCGCCCCGCGAUCGGUCAAGUCUUGCCCACGCACACUUGA